AGUAGCCCAAGUGUUGGCAGUGGGUGGUGAUGAUUAGCUGCCUUCCAUCUGGUCUUACACUGCUAAAUUAGGGACGACUAGCGUAGAUAGCCCUCGUAUAGCUUUGCGUGAAAUUCAAAACCAAACAAAACUUUUGUAUUUUAAUAGUUUUGUCGUAUGGUAGUUUAUAUAUUAUAUCGUGCAGGUGGUGCUUUUCAACAUGGCGCUUUACGUGAAAGGAGCUUCAUUCUUUUCUAGAAGUAGAAUAUGGAACCCAGAGCAGCUAAUUAGAGUUUGGUGCCAUGGAAAAAAUUCAAAUAACAACACAAAGGUGCCUGAGCUGGAAGAAAGGCCAGAAAAGCAGUACCAUAGCUCUUAUCAUCAAAAGGAAAAAGGCAAAAUUUAUGACAAAAAACCAUUUAAAUUCCAAUGUCAAAAAGGAAAAGCAUAUUUUUGGUGUUCCUGUGGACACAGUAAAAGACAGCCAUUUUGUGAUAAAAGCCAUGCCAGUCCAUACAUAAAGAUCAGCCUUCGACCAGUUAGGUUUGUAGCAGAAGAAACAAGGGAAUAUUGGUUCUGUAACUGUAAGCAAACCAACAACAGGCCAUUUUGUGAUGGCUCCCACAAACUUCCUGAUGUUCAAUCUGCCACAGCAACUGUGAAGAGCUAGAUUAAACUGCUACACUUUAGAGAUACAACAUGCAUGUUUUAACUGAUAGAAAAUUAAACAAAAGCUAGUCCCAAUUGUUAAUAGUAAUAUACUGAAAACCAGAUAGGAAUUUUCUCUACACAUGAAAUCAUUAAAGUGUGAAAAUGAACAAAGUUUUAUAUGAUGGCAUGUUUAGAAUAAAAUAUUGUGAAGUAGUAAACUGUUA